AUGUACAAUUCUAAACCUUUAUUAAUGUUCAGACAUUGUGACGAUAAUUUAAAUACUUUUGUUCUCAAUCUUCCUCAAUUUUGUCCCCUCUGCGGUGAUGAUUUGGAAUCAGCUGCCACAUUCAAAGUUCCAUUGUUCAAAGUUCCUAAUCCACUGUCAGACGGCCACCAGAAUCCGUUCAGAAUUGUAAUCAAACCUACAGCUGGAAAUUUUAUGGAUAAUUAUACAACAGAGAAAAAUCUUCACAUUGGUGUAACAGACUCAAAAGGUGAUGUCUUCCAUUUCAACAAAAAUGGCCUAAACAGAUCAACAUCAUCUCCAUUCCAAUCACCAUCAUUAUCACCAUCAUCACCAUCCACAUCUGAAUGGAAUUCUUGUCUGGCUAUGAUGAUGUGUGAUCAGUGGGGUGAAGAAAGAUACAAGGACAAUGAAUAUAACUGUUACACAUUCGUCCUUUCAUUCUUAACUGAGCUUCGGCUUUCCAACUAUCUACCGACCAUAAACAGCAAAGAGAAAUUUUGUGAAGAAUUCAUUUAUAAAAAUUUAAUAAAGUGUUUGAAUUAUAUUUCAAUUAUAAAAGAGAUUGAAAAAAAUAAUUACUUUAUCAAUAAAAAAUUAACUUAA